AUUCCAAAAACUCCGGAUUUCGGUGUAACCAGUUCGCGGGUCGUGCCCGAAUUACCAAAUGCGGCACGCACUCUGGGCAAUUCAUUUGGCAGCACCUACAGUUGCAGCCCAAAAGCGCGGUCGGCUCGCCUUAAUACACCAAUGAGUACUCUGGUUCCCAGUUACUCCCGUCUGCAAAACGAUGUCCUCCUGGGUGGAUCCCUACCAGAUACCGCAGCUACUGUCAAUUCGGCGAUGGUUUCUUCACCAACAACCUUCUCCGUUGGGACCAAAUUCGCAACACCGAAUCUCGUACCAGCCCGAGAGUUAACAGAGCCGGACUAUAACACCGGCUCCAUUGGUUUGGCAAUAAAACUGGAGCCGGACGUCCACGACCAGUUACAGAGUUACUCGGGUCGAAGUGGUUUUAUGAUAAAGCCUACAAAGUCCAUUUCUAGUGGUGAAAAGGAGACCUUCUUAGAACUGAACCUUAACAUCCUAGCGCCGUCCUCAGAGUUAUCCUACCGAGCUACAUUGAUUUUCAGCCCAAACCUCCUGUCGCAGUGCGGCGUGGACAAUUUGAAAGCCCUCAGCCCAUCCAACGGUGUGUACGAUGAUUCAUUUGAGCGUAUUUCAUUUGGCUCCGGCAGCGACCAACAGUUCUCAUUCCCCCGAAUAUGGGACCUUUGCCGGAUGGCCGGCCUAGAUAUAGGACAGACUCGAGGUCCCAACUCCUACUCUCUGGAUCUGUCCUCGGGCAGCGCGGAUCAAGCAGUCAGUCUCAAGACCGAAAGGGAACGCCAGGAGAUUGCCCAGUUUGUUCAGCUCUACGAGAAACACUGCGUCGAAGUCUACGCGGCCAUUAUAACGCCACAAUUGGAAAAAUUGCGUAACAUUUGGCAACAAUUUUGGCGUCCCGUUGAAACGGCCAACACUCAACAAGAUCUGUUCAUUGAGUUGGCUGAUAGGGCGCUAUAUCAGACCCUCUUGGAGAUCAUUGUCGCCGACAGUCUGAAGUCGAUGCCGCCAAUGCUCCUGCACACUGUUCGACUCAUGGUAAAGAGGAUUCAGCAUUUUUUGCGCUCCGCCUUACGGCAACUCAGUCCAACUCUCAUCAACUGUAAACUGACUGCAAUAAGUGGUUUUAUAAAGGGUCUGCGUCGUGCCAUCGGUCUUGCGCACCUCAGCAGAGCAGUCGUUCACGUCCUCGAGACACCGGAGAGGCUGGAACAAAUGAAGAUGGAUGUUUCAAAGUUAGAUGUGGACAGCAUCGAGCGCAUCGGCGCUUCUCUAACCAUUAUCUGA